GAAACAUUUAUCUCAAAUAAGAAUUGGUCCAUUGAAUACUUAAUAAUGUACAUGUUCCUGUGCGAAGUGUGCGGAUGUACUUAUUCUGGCCAUUUCAUGACUUAAAUCAAUCAACGUGGGUCAAACUUCUUGGUGCCCCCUUUUAUGAAAAGAAAAAAAAUAAACUGACAGAAGAAACCAAAAGAGGUCGUCUACAUUAACAUAAAUAAAAAGGCUAAUUUUUGUUUGUUUAUUUGUAUCUUUAAGACAUCCUUCAUUGCGCCCGAUAAACCGAUCGAUACAGAUACAGCUGUUGUAUGAUAAGAAAAUGUUAGCUUUGUUAAGAUAUACGAAGAAGUCUGACGGAGGAGGUAGCUUACCUUAGUACCACUAUUCAGGACACCAGCUCCACACCACAACUGACAUUAAAUUUUUGCACGCCUGCAGAAUAUAGUGAAAUUCUAGGCUUUAGGAUCUUGCCUAUUUAAGUUAUGAAGUAGGUAAUCUACGAGUAAAGAGAAGAAGAAUAGACUGAAAGAAUUGAGUACACUCGACACACACACACAACAGCCCGGGCGUAACCAGGGCAUGCCACUAGUAUCUGGAUAUUGGUGUCGUUGUCAAAAUUUACUAUGUCACAAGAGAGGUUAAAUGGGCUAAAAACUGGGAAAAGGUGGUCCUACAAUCUGUUAACACUCACCAUGUCUUCAAAAUUCAAGAAAAACAAGUGUGAUGUAUAAUAGUUACCUACUUGCACGACUGUUUAAAAUGUUGAAUAAACGAUUCAACUGUCGGCGCACUGUGGAUGGAGCUUUAUAAUAUUGUUAUUGAAGUUUUAUUCAACGGGGGGCAGAGCGGUCAAUAUCGCUUUCAGUAACGUUUGAGCCUUCGUCAAGCGAAUACUAUGGCUGAUAAAGUUGUAAAACUCGGUUGUAAUACAUUAGUCCGGCACUAUGCAACUGCUCAGGCUCCGACUAUACCAAAAUGCGAUUUUGUCCCGAAACAAUACACAGGACCAUCUUACCAAAAGACGGAUAAAUUGAAAGCUGAUCACCUGCCCUCAGUACUUUACAAUAUCUACAAGCGGCCUAUGCUGAUUAACCAGGGUUACAAACAGUGGUUGUUCGACCACGAAGGCAGGAGGUACCUCGACCUCUUUGCAGGAAUCGUCACCGUCUCCGUGGGACAUUGUCACCCGAAGGUGGUUGGUGCCUUACAAGAACAAAUACAGACGCUGUGGCAUUGCACGAAUAUCUACCGUCAUCCGAAACUGUAUGAAUAUGUUGAGCAGCUCACAUCAAAAUUACCUGGAGACCUGAAGGUGGUCUACCUCGUGAACAGCGGUAGUGAAGCAAAUGACCUAGCAUCUAUCUUAGCAAAGGCCUACACCGGCAACCUUGAUGUGGUGUCACUGCAGAGCAGCUACCAUGGCUGCUCCUACGGCCUGAUGGGACUCACCGGCACCCAGUCCUAUAGGAUGAAACUUAAUGUACCUGCUGGUUACUACCACACCAUGUUACCCGACCCGUAUCGCGGUAUCUGGGGAGGCUGUCGAGAUUCACUGUCGCAAGUGCCCGGUGCUUGCUCAUGUCCCGGCGACUGCGUUACCGCAGACAAAUAUGUUCACCAGCUCAGCGAGCUUCUUGAAAACUCGGUUCCCAAAGGACGUCUAGCAGCCUUGUUCGCGGAAUCCAUACAGGGCGUUAACGGCACCGUGCAGUUCCCGAAAGGUUACCUGAAGAAAGCCCACCAACUCGUCAAGAAGUAUGGAGGCUUAUAUGUAGCGGAUGAAGUUCAAACUGGCUUCGGCCGGACAGGCGACGCAUUCUGGGGUUUCCAAAACCACGGAGUGAUGCCAGACAUCGUGACCAUGGCCAAGGGGAUAGGGAACGGCUUCCCAAUGGCUGCCGUGGUCACCACGAAGGAGAUCGCAGCCGCGCACGCUGGCACGGCGUAUGUCAACACUUUUGGUGGGAACCCCAUGGCUACCUCCGUGGGAAAGGCCGUUUUAGAUGUAAUCGAAGAAGAGCAGCUUCAGCAAAACUGCAAAGUAGUUGGAGCAUACUUUGUGGAACAACUGAUGCAGUUGCAGAAGAUUCACCCGAUAAUCGGUGAUGUGCGAGGAAAGGGUCUCAUGUUAGGGCUCGAGUUUGUCGUCCCUGGAACGAAAGACCCGCUCAGUGUGGCCGAUGUGAACAUCAUUUUUGAAGACAUGAAGGAUAUGGGUGUGCUUAUUGGACGCGGAGGGCGGUUUGGCAACGUGCUUAGAAUAAAACCUCCGAUGUGCAUCAACAAACAGGACGUGGACUUCGCCAUAUCUGUACUAGAUCAAGCUAUCAAAAAUUAUACAUCAUGUGUCUGAAUAAAUCAAGAAUGCUGUUUUGGAAGAUAUCAAAAUGACACAUCUAGGGAUUUACAACAAAAGUAUUCGGUAUAAAAGAUACCGAUGUAAAUCAAUAAUAAUCGAUAAAGAUUCUAUACCUAUGUUAAGUAAAGAUUUUAUUGUUAUGUGGUGCGGCAGUUUAAUUAUAAUGUCCAGAAGGAGACAUCUCAAACAGGCUAGAAAAACAUAUUGUUUAAGGCCGCUAAAAAUACUUGUGCGCUUUCUUUUUGCCAAGAGAGUGAAUAUAAUGUAGCCUUUAUCUAUAAAGGUAUACCUAAAGCCAUAAUAUAGAUUGCUCCAUAUUUUCUCACUGAAAUCGUUUCGUCUAAAUACACAGGUUAACAUUUUUACCGAUUAUUCUGAAAAAAUGGUCACGUGAAAUUGUGAUAUUGUCAACGGAAAAUUCAGUUCUUGAUUUUAUUUUGUAUAAGAUUUAGAAAAAUACACAUUAGGCGCUCCGAAGCCGGUCAAUAUAAUUGCACGAUAAAAAUAAAGUGCAAUUAAUAUUUUAUUGGUAAACAUUUGCACAAUAUUAUAACAUUGCACAAUUAUACUGUGCGAUCCAGGAACCGCCUCACACAAUUGUGAAUAAAUAUGAAAUGUAAUGGAAAUAAUGUUUAAACCUAUAUAAUCCUUGAGAUUAAAUGUUUAUGAUUAUAAAUAUGUAUGGCGUCCAUAGACGGUCAAUAUAUAGCGAAAUAUUACGACAAAAACAUAGCGCAAUAAAAUGUUGCUUGCUAAGAAUCAUUGCGCAAUCUUCAGUUUGCACAAUAUCGUAAUAUUGCGCAAUUACAUUGAGAGGUCUAGGGACUGCCCAAUUUGUUACGCACAAGAUGCGACGUUUCAGCAGUCUUUUGUUUGUGUCAAAUUUGAAAUGCCAAAAUCGCAUUCCUAUGAUUGCCUAACUGUAAUGAGAAAUAAACAAAUCAACCAUUUUUUAAAAA